CUUUCUCUUCCCUUUCCUUGACCACUCAUUCCUAUUUGCCUCUUUUCAUUCGUUUUUACUCCGGCUCUAUCCCGCCUCUUUGCUCUCCUUUGCUCUGUUGACUUGUCUAACCCUCUUUCGUGCGGUCUGACACAACGGCCUCGAGCAACGCCUUGGGAGCCUGACCAGGCUCUCAUCACCUUCUCUCCAGUCGCACCCCGGCAGACAUUUCGGACUUAUUGUCUGCUCCCUCUUCACUGGCCAAGAGCGCCUCAAGGAGGGGCACGACUCCCCCCCCCAAAGUCAUCGCUUUUCCAAUGCGGCACGCCCCCGGGUAGAACCUAGCGCGUUUCACAUUCGUAUGGUCCGUCCAUACCCGGAGAACACAUCAACCUGUCCCUGGGAUUCAAGCCUGCAACGUCCAUCUCUUUUGUUGUCAUCGUGCAUAUCGAGGACUGAAGAAGGACCGGUGGCUCCAUUCGGAGCGAUUCGCCAAAAUUCGUUCGUAUAGGAGCCAGACGUCGCUCCUUCGAGAGCCGGAGUUCGACCCUUCCUUUCGUGAUUCUACAUCUGGCUUCCGGCCAAGAGAGGGAUACAGAGAUCCUGAUCUGCCGUCCAAGAUGUAUGUCCCUAAUUCAAAAUGGACUUGGUCUUUUGUCUUCGUGACAACCAUCCAAGCUGCGUGUAUUCUCGCUUUUGAGUCUUAUGUUUUUGCUAGGUUCCAAACACAACUCAAAGGCGAUGCAGAGAACCAAACCCAGUCAAAAACUAUUCCCACCUUUUUAACACUUUAUAUCUUUGGAUUUGUAUACGAAUUAGUUUUGGUAUACGAUGCGCUGCGUCUUAAAAACACCAUCCAAGUGAUUGGACUUUGCGUUUGCAAUCUGGGCCUCCUGAUCUAUGGCGCCGUCCAGACGGACCAAAUCAAGGAUGCCGUCAACACUUUGAGUAUGCUAGGAAAUAUCAACGGUGAAGUCUGGGGCGAGAUGAAGCCAUUCUUGAUUGCAAUUCCUUGCAUCAUAGGUCUUGGAACCGUUCUUAUGGCUUUUCUUGCCUGGAAGCUCUAUGACGAAUUUGCAUGGACCAUCUACAAGCACAUCAGCGCCGACCUACGGAUGAAGCGUCGGUACCUUACAUAUCAGAUUUACAUCGCUCUGCUGAAGUUUGAUUUUUUCUUUUUCCUUGGUUUUACUGUUCAAUUCGUUGUUAUUGUUACCGACAAGGCGACUGUUGAGUUUGCCCUUACAUUGGCCGCCAUUCCAGUCACGAUUCUCAUUCUUGUCAUGGCUGCGUUUUGGACUCGGCGGGAGAACACACCUGGAAUGAUCGUCAUCAUCCUGCUUUAUUUUGGAGGUCUUGCAUACUUCCUUUUCAAGCUCGUUCGAAUGUACUCUGCUGCCCGUGAAAAGGCGUACCUGCCAGCCCGACGAUCGUUGACUUUCUUCGCCGUGAUCACAAUCAUCUUGAUUAUUAUGACCAUAAUCAAUGCAUGUGUCUGUACUCACAAUUUCAACAAGGGGCUGAAACCUCAUAUCUCGGGGAGAAGAUCAGUUCGAGAUGAUGAAAAAGGACGUGGAACCGAAAUGCAUGGCCGUCUUUCUCAUGGGCCUGUCCCAACUCGCAUGACGAUUGAUUAAGCAAUGAUGCAAAAAUAAUUACCUAGGGAAGCUGAGGCUCCAACAAAUGCCAUUCCUUUGCAAUCUCGGCUGCUUUUACUUUGCGAAUAUACCCAUUUGACAGCGACGUUGUGGCCGAAGAAUUGUUUUCAUCUCAGAGAAGGAAAUCUUCGAGUCACGAUUAAUUCAUUUCCUUUUUGGCCGUCUGAUCCACUUAGCUCUAUUCAUUGAUGAUACCAGCUGUACUAUUUUUUUUUUUUGGUUUGUUAGAAAUCUGGUUCGACAUCCUCUCUUUUUUUUUUAUCACCUUUUUUCCCCUAUUUUUUUCUCUUUUCUCUUUUUUUUAAAAAAAUUUUUAAAUGAAAAAAAACUUCUCAAGAAUGUCUUCCCCCCUUCCAAUUUCUUACUGUACUUGGUACUAUUAAGAGAAAGGGGACCAUUAUUG